AUGCGCGCGUGGCACUGUCCCGCCCCAGGCCCCAUCGACCAAACCCUCGUCCUCGUCGCCGACGCGCCGCGCCCGUCGCAGCCCCUGAAGAACGGCCAGCUGCUCGUCGAGGUCGCCAGAGCCAGUCUUAACCCGGCUGACUACAAGGUCGUCGGCCUCGGCGUCGCCUCCCGCGCACUCACGCAGUUCCCCAAGACGCCCGGCAUGGACUUUAGUGGCCGCGUCGUCGCCGUCGCCGAGGCCGGGGUCGGCGAUAUUAAGCCCGGCGAUGCGGUGCUCGGCCGCGUCACCGCCGUGAAGCGGGCCGGCACCCUGGCGCAGUUUGUCGUCGUGGACUACGACUCGUGCGUCGCCGUCCCGGCCGGCGUGGACCUCGACGCGGCCGCCGGCGUUACGACGGCCGCGUUGACGGCGUACCUGACCAUCGCGCCGCACAUCAAGCCCCGGGACCGCAUCUUCAUCAACGGCGGCUCCGGCGGCGUGGGCCUCUUCGGCAUCCAGAUCGCCAAAGCGCUCGGCUGCCACGUCACAGCGACAUGCUCGCCCGCGAAAGCCCCCCUCUGCAAGGCGGCCGGCGCCGACGACAUCAUCGACUACACGAGCAGCGACGUGGUGGCCGAGCUGAAGAAGAAGGGCCAAGUCUUCAGCCUGCUCGUCGACAACGUCGGCAACGCGCCGGCGAACCUGUACGCGACGUCGCACCACUGCCUGCUGCCGGGCGCCAAGUUCGUCUUCGUCGGCGGCGCCGUGUCGUGCGGCAGCGCGGCGAGCCUGGCGCGGAGCCUGCUGCUGCCGGCGUUCCUGGGCGGCGGGCGGCGCAGGUUCGUCGCCUUCAACAUCUACAGCGACCGCGCGGCGCUGGAGCAGGUUGCGGCGUGGAUGGCGGAGGGCAAGGUGAAGACGGUGAUUGAUUCCGUCUUUGAGUUUGAGGAUGCACCGAGGGCGUUUGCGCAGUUGAAGAAGGGAUCGAGCGGAGGGAAAAUAAUUGUUCGUGUUGAUGGCGGGAAGUAA